CCAAUAACCGGUAACCUUGCAACACAUUCUAACAAAGGCCCUGCGAAAGGCUAGCGUCCUGUCCAGGGGGUGUACCUAUUCAUCAAACUGCCUCACGAUACAUACAUUGAAACGGGAGAUAGGCCCUUGCUCCUAUGAGCAAUUCCGGCUCACACAAACCAAGGCUCGUGCAAGGCAAUUUACUCACUAGUUACUUUCUUACUGUCGUACUUUCAAUACACAUACAUUUCCUGUUGAUUCGUUGUAGAAUGUGGACACUAAACGGCGUCGAGUGGCCUCAAAGACGAGGGAGAUGAUAUGGCGUUCACUGUCGGGGUUCGAAGACACCGGGGGGCACAAUAUGCCAGCAGCACCAGAGCCCCUCCCCCUGGUGAUUUGCCUGCCCUCUGGUCAGAAAACCCCUCCCAGCCCAAGUCCUGCCCCCAGACCGGCACUAUCUCCUGGCAGGCCGAGAUCCAUGCUGCUCGUAACUCCCAGGGCGACGUCUCCCAGAGCAUGAGCGCCCGCAACUCUGUCCCUGGGGCCACGCCUGCACCGGUCGGCUCGUUGUCACAGAGGAAGAGGCAACAGUACGCCAAGAGCAAGAAGCAGGGCGGCUCCACCAACAGCAGGCCGCCCAGGGCCCUGUUCUGCCUCACCCUCAACAAUCCCAUCCGCAGAGCCUGCAUCAGCCUCGUGGAAUGGAAACCCUUUGAUAUCUUUAUACUGCUCUCUAUUUUUGCCAACUGUGUGGCCUUAGCUGUUUACAUCCCCUUCCCUGAGGACGACUCCAACUCCACCAACCACGACCUGGAAACAGUAGAAUAUGCCUUCCUGAUCAUCUUUACGAUAGAGACCUUUCUGAAGAUCAUAGCAUAUGGUUUAGUCAUGCAUCAGAACUCCUACGUAAGGAAUGGCUGGAACAUGCUAGAUUUUGUCAUUGUCAUAGUAGGGUUGUUCAGUGUAGUUCUGGAGGUGAUAACCAAAGAGGGUGAUGCGGGGGCUCAGGGGGGUAAACCAGGAGGCUUUGACGUCAAGGCCCUCCGAGCAUUCCGUGUGCUCCGCCCCCUCCGUCUUGUCUCAGGAGUACCCAGUUUACAGGUAGUGUUGAACGCCAUCAUUAAAGCCAUGGUUCCUCUGCUCCACAUCGCUCUGCUAGUCCUCUUCGUCAUCAUCAUCUAUGCCAUCAUCGGCCUGGAACUCUUCAUCGGCAAAAUGCACGCCACUUGCUACCUGGUGGGCACCGGCAUUCUGGCAGAGGAGGAGCCUGUUCCGUGUGCAAUGUCAGGCCAUGGGCGCCAGUGCAUGAUGAAUGGGACUGUGUGUAGAGAGGGAUGGCAUGGCCCCAACGGUGGCAUCACCAACUUUGACAACUUCCUGUUUGCCAUGCUUACUGUUUUCCAGUGUAUCACCAUGGAGGGCUGGACUGAUGUUCUCUACUGGAUGAAUGAUGCCAUGGGCUUUGAGCUGCCCUGGGUUUACUUCGUCAGUCUAGUCAUCUUCGGCUCCUUCUUCGUUCUCAACCUGGUUCUGGGAGUUUUAAGCGGAGAGUUUUCCAAGGAGAGAGAGAAGGCCAAGGCUCGUGGAGACUUCCAGAAGCUGAGAGAGAAGCAGCAGCUGGAGGAGGACCUGAAGGGCUACCUGGACUGGAUCACUCAGGCCGAGGACAUCGACCCUGAGAAUGACGAGGAGGGGGACGAGGAGGGGGGAAAACGCAUCCCAAGCAAGCCCGCCAGCGAGACAGAGUCUGUGAACACUGACAACCCCAACGGAGAGGACGAUAAGGCUAACUGCUGUGGACCACUCUGUCGGCGAUGGCGUCGCUGGAACCGGUUCUGCCGCAGGAAGUGUCGCGUUGCCGUGAAGUCAGUGUCUUUCUAUUGGCUGGUGAUCAUCCUGGUGUUUCUCAACACGCUCACCAUCUCGUCAGAGCACUACAACCAGCCUGACUGGCUCACGGAAGUACAGGAUGUGGCCAACAAGGUUCUGCUGGCUCUGUUUACGUGUGAGAUGCUGGUGAAGAUGUAUAGUCUGGGCCUGCAGGCCUACUUCGUGUCUCUGUUCAACCGCUUCGACUGCUUCGUGGUGUGUGGCGGCAUCGUGGAGACCAUCCUGGUGGAGCUGGCCGUCAUGUCUCCCCUGGGCAUCUCUGUGUUCCGCUGUGUCCGCCUGCUACGUAUCUUCAAGGUCACACGCCACUGGGCAUCUCUCAGUAACCUGGUGGCAUCGCUGCUCAACUCCAUGAAGUCCAUCGCCUCCCUCCUGCUCCUGCUCUUCCUCUUCAUCAUCAUCUUCUCUCUGUUGGGCAUGCAGCUCUUCGGCGGCAAGUUCAACUUCGACGAGACGAUAACUAAGAGGAGCACCUUCGACAACUUCCCCCAGGCACUACUCACAGUGUUUCAGAUCCUGACAGGCGAGGAUUGGAAUGCUGUGAUGUAUGACGGCAUCAUGGCGUACGGUGGACCCUUCUCCUCAGGCAUGGUCGUCUGCAUCUACUUCAUCAUCCUCUUUGUCUGUGGAAACUACAUCCUGCUGAACGUCUUCUUGGCCAUCGCCGUUGACAACCUGGCAGAUGCAGAGAGCCUGAACACAGCCCAAAAGGAGGAAGAGGAGGAGAAGGAGAGGAAGAAGAGUGCCAGAGACACUGAUAAGAUGGAGGAGCUGAAACCUGAGGACCAGGAUGGGGAUCUCAAGGUUCCACUGGAGGAGGAAGAGGAGAAGGAGCCGUAUCCCACUCCAGACACUCCAGUUGGUGAUGAUGACAAUGAUGAUGAUAAUCUGCCAGAGGUUCCGGUUGGGCCACGCCCUCAAAGGCUGUCAGACCUCAGCAUCAAGGAGAAGACUCCGCCCAUCCCUGAGGGCAGUGCUUUCUUCGUCUUCAGCCACACUAACCCGGUCCGGGUGGCCUGCCACAAGCUGAUCAACCACCACAUCUUCACCAACCUCAUCCUGGUCUUCAUCAUGCUGAGCUCUGUGUCUCUGGCUGCUGAGGACCCCAUACGGAACUUCUCUGCACGCAACAUCAUACUUGGUUAUUUUGACUAUGCUUUCACGGCAAUCUUUACUGUUGAGAUCCUAUUGAAGAUGACAGCUUUUGGGGCUUUCCUCCAUAAAGGAGCCUUCUGCAGGAACUAUUUCAACCUGCUGGACCUACUGGUGGUUGGAGUCUCUCUGGUGUCAUUUGGCAUUCAGUCAUCUGCCAUCUCUGUGGUGAAGAUCUUGCGUGUGUUGAGGGUGUUGCGGCCCCUGAGGGCCAUCAACAGAGCCAAGGGCCUCAAGCAUGUGGUCCAGUGUGUAUUUGUGGCCAUCAGGACCAUUGGCAACAUCAUGAUCGUCACCACGCUGCUACAGUUCAUGUUCGCCUGCAUAGGAGUGCAGCUAUUCAAGGGCAAGUUCUAUCGCUGCACAGACGAGGCCAAGUCCAGCCCAGAGGAAUGCAAAGGCACAUACAUCCUGUAUAAGGAUGGAGAUACAGCGUUGCCUGCAGUUAGGGAGAGGAUCUGGUACAACAGUGACUUCAACUUUGACAACGUCCUCAUGGCCAUGAUGGCUCUGUUCACCGUCUCUACAUUUGAAGGCUGGCCUGCUCUGCUGUACAAGGCCAUCGACUCCAACCGAGAGAAUAUGGGUCCCAUCUACAACUACCGCGUGGAGAUCUCCAUCUUCUUCAUCAUCUACAUCAUCAUCAUCGCCUUCUUCAUGAUGAACAUCUUUGUCGGUUUCGUCAUCGUCACCUUCCAGGAGCAGGGAGAGAAAGAGUACAAGAACUGUGAGCUGGACAAGAACCAGCGUCAGUGUGUGGAGUAUGCUCUGAAGGCUCGUCCACUGAGAAGGUACAUCCCUAAGAACCCCUACCAGUAUAAGUUCUGGUAUGUGGUCAACUCCACAGGCUUUGAGUACGUCAUGUUCGUCCUCAUCAUCCUCAACACACUGUGUCUGGCCAUCCAGCACUAUGGCCAGUCUCACCUGUUCAACUAUGCCAUGGACAUCCUCAACAUGGUCUUCACUGGCGUCUUCACUGUGGAGAUGAUCUUUAAACUCAUCGCCUUCAAACCCAGGCACUAUUUCGCCGAUGCAUGGAACACAUUUGAUGCCUUAAUUGUUGUUGGUAGCGUCGUUGACAUUGCAAUCACAGAGAUCAAUAACACUGAGGACAGCGCUCGCAUCUCCAUCACAUUCUUCCGUCUGUUUCGAGUCAUGCGAUUGGUCAAGCUGCUCAGCAGAGGGGAGGGCAUCCGAACGCUCCUGUGGACCUUCAUUAAGUCCUUCCAGGCUCUUCCCUAUGUUGCCCUUCUGAUAGCCAUGUUAUUCUUCAUCUAUGCUGUUAUUGGAAUGCAGGUGUUUGGAAAGAUUGCCUUGGUAGACCACACACAGAUUAACCGAAACAACAACUUCCAGACCUUUCCUCAAGCUGUCCUGAUGCUCUUCAGGUGUGCUACAGGUGAGGCGUGGCAGGAGAUCAUGCUGGCAUGUCUGCCAGGGAAGCUGUGUGACUCAGAGUCAGACUACAACCCUGGAGAGGAGAAAACCUGUGGCAGCGGAUUCGCCAUCAUCUACUUCAUCAGCUUCUACAUGCUCUGCGCCUUCCUGAUCAUCAACUUGUUUGUUGCUGUCAUCAUGGAUAACUUUGACUAUCUGACACGUGAUUGGUCCAUUCUGGGCCCUCACCACCUGGAUGAGUUUAAAAGGAUCUGGUCUGAGUACGACCCUGAGGCCAAGGGCAGGAUAAAGCAUCUGGAUGUGGUGACCUUGUUGAGACGCAUCCAGCCCCCUCUAGGCUUCGGCAAGCUGUGUCCACACAGAGUGGCCUGCAAGAGACUGGUUGCAAUGAACAUGCCCCUGAACAGUGAUGGCACGGUCAUGUUCAAUGCCACUCUGUUUGCCUUGGUGAGGACCGCUCUGAAGAUCAAAACUGAAGGCAACUUGGAACAGGCCAAUGAGGAGUUGCGAGCGGUCAUCAAGAAGAUCUGGAAGAGGACCAGCAUGAAGCUGCUGGACCAAGUGGUGCCCCCUGCAGGCGAUGAUGAGGUAACCGUGGGGAAGUUCUAUGCUACCUUCCUGAUACAGGACUACUUCAGGAAAUUCAAGAAACGCAAAGAGCAAGGCCUGGUGGGAAGACACUCGUUCUCCAGCCUGAACUCCACCAUCGCCCUCCAGGCUGGCCUCCGCACACUGCAUGAUAUUGGGCCCGAAAUUCGCCGAGUCAUAUCAUGUGACCUGCAAGACGAGGGCCUUGUAGACAUGAAUGCAGAAGAAGAUGACGAGGUGUCUAGGAGGAACGGCGUGCUGUUCGCCAACCACACCAAUCACGUUAACGGGGAACACCGGGGUUCUGUCACCCAGCGGCCCCUCCAGGUCCCGCCUCCUUCCUGCCACGCAUUUGUGGAGCCCUCUCAGGUUGGCUCUGAGGAAGGGGCUGGUGACCCCCACCCCUGCAACCACUACUACCCCAAAUCCCCCAUGUCCUCCAACGCCAACCUCAACAACGCCAACAUCCCCACCCUGCCCUCCCUGACCAAAGGGGGGCAGCGGUGCUGUCUCCGCCGCGAGCACUCGUCCGCUAAUGGGGCACCCUCCUCCAGCUCGCACCGCAGGAGUGUUGACUUCGACACCCUCACCACGGUCCAGUCUGCAAGGAGGCUCUACUAUGAGACCUACAUUAGGUCAGAAUCAGGGGGUGUUCUGUACCCAACCAUCCGUAGAGAGAAGCCAGGGGGAGCAGACAGUGAUGAUGACAAGGGCUCAGGGGAAUACUUCAGUGGAGAGGAGUACCAGGAGGACAAGGACAGGAUGCCCCAUAGGGAGUUUCAAGACCUUCAAACUGACUUGGACACAAAUGCAUCGAGAGGUUACCAUCAACCGGAUAGUCUCUAUGACGACGACCAACAACCCAUUUACCAAGAUGGUGGGCGGUCGCCAAAGCGACGGUUGUUCCCCUCUACACCCCAGGCACCCCACAGACCCUCCUUCAACUUUGAGUGUCUGCGGAGACAUAGCAGUCAGGAUGAUGACAUCCCCUUGACCCCUUCCGUUCCCCAUCGAACAGCUCUACCCCUGCAUCUGAUGCAGCAACAGGUGAUGGCAGUGGCUGGCCUGGACUCCAGCAGAGUCCAGCGUCUCUCUCCAUCACGCUCUCUACGUUCCUGGGCCACGCCCCCCACCUCCCCCAUUAGCAGGGACCACUCCCCAUACUACACCCCCCUCAUCCAGGUGGACUGGCGUGGUCCCGGCAGUGUGAGCAGCACCCCUGGCUCUGUGAGAAGAAGCUCCUGGUACACUGACGCCCCGGAAGCCCCUUUGAACCUCACCUACUCCCCCUCACAGCUCCAGAUCCCCCCAGAGUACCGCAGGCAGUACCACCAGAAGAUAGGCAGUGCCAACAGCCUAGUAGAGGCCGUGUUGAUUUCAGAAGGACUGGGGAAAUACGCCAAGGACCCCAAAUUUGUGGCGGCGACGAAGCACGAGAUCGCGGACGCCUGCGAGAUGACCAUCGAUGAGAUGGAGAGUGCCGCCAGCAACCUGCUGAAUGGCAGUAUGGGUAAUGGACCGGGGGCACCCGGGGCCACGGACAAAGUGACGGCCACGAGCCUCAGGGACCGUAAUCUCCAUGACUACAGUGAUGAGGAGCCGGACACGAGUGUGAAAUGUGAAGAAGAUCUGACUGAUGAGAUGAUAUGCAUCAGCACCCUAUAGCAUUCAGUCACAUAGGCUGACAUGGUACCCUAUAGCAUUCAGUCACAUAGGCUGACAUGGCACCCUAUAGCAUUCAGUCACAUAGGCUGACAUGGCACCCUAUAGCAUUCAGUCACAUAGGCUGACAUGGCACCCUAUAGCAUUCAGUCACAUAGGCUGACAUGGCACCCUAUAGCAUUCAGUCACAUAGGCUGACAUGGCACCCUAUAGCAUUCAGUCACAUAGGCUGACAUGGCACCCUAUAGCAUUCAGUCACAUAGGCUGACAUGGCACCCUAUAGCAUUCAGUCACAUAGGCUGACAUGGCACCCUAUAGCAUUCAGUCACAUAGGCUGACAUGGCACCCUAUAGCAUUCAGUCACAUAGGCUGACAUGGCACCCUAUAGCAUUCAGUCACAUAGGCUGACAUGGCACCCUAUAGCAUUCAGUCACAUAGGCUGACAUGGCACCCUAUAGCAUUCAGUCACAUAGGCUGACAUGGCACCCUAUAGCAUUCAGUCACAUAGGCUGACAUGGCACCCUAUAGCAUUCAGUCACAUAGGCUGACAUGGCACCCUAUAGCAUUCAGUCACAUAGGCUGACAUGGCACCCUAUAGCAUUCAGUCACAUAGGCUGACAUGGCACCCUAUAGCAUUCAGUCACAUAGGCUGACAUGGCACCCUAUAGCAUUCAGUCACAUAGGCUGACAUGGCACCCUAUAGCAUUCAGUCACAUAGGCUGACAUGGCACCCUAUAGCAUUCAGUCACAUAGGCUGACAUGGCACCCUAUAGCAUUCAGUCACAUAGGCUGACAUGGCACCCUAUAGCAUUCAGUCACAUAGGCUGACAUGGCACCCUAUAGCAUUCAGUCACAUAGGCUGACAUGGCACCCUAUAGCAUUCAGUCACAUAGGCUGACAUGGCACCCUAUAGCAUUCAGUCACAUAGGCUGACAUGGCACCCUAUAGCAUUCAGUCACAUAGGCUGACAUGGCACCCUAUAGCAUUCAGUCACAUAGGCUGACAUGGCACCCUAUACCGUAUAGGGAGAGAUGUGCCUUUUGGAGUGCCUUUCUUUCUGUGGAAUGAAUAGGUGGAUGGAAACACUGCCAGCUGGAGAGAACUGGAGGGAUGGAGGGACAUGCUAAGGCUCCAACUACAGUGGAGUGGAGGGACACGCUAAGGCUCCAACUACAGUGGAGUGGAGGGACACGCUAAGGAUCCAACUACAGUGGAGUGGAGGGACACGCUAAGGCUCCAACUACAGUGGAGUGGAGGGACACGCUAAGGCUCCAACUACAGUGGAGUGGAGGGACACGCUAAGGCUCCAACUACAGAGGAGUGGAGGGAUGGAGGGACACGCUAAGGAUCCAACUACAGUGGAGUGGAGGAAUGGAGGGACACGCUAAGGCUCCAACUACAGAGGAGUGGAGGGACACGCUAAGGCUCCAACUACAGUGGAGUGGAGGGACACGCUAAGGCUCCAACUACAGUGGAGUGGAGGGACACGCUAAGGCUCCAACUACAGUGGAGUGGAGGGACACGCUAAGGAUCCAACUACAGUGGAGUGGAGGGAUGGAGGGACACGCUAAGGCUCCAACUACAGAGGAGUGGAGAGACACGCUAAGGCUCCAACUACAGUGGAGUGGAGGGACACGCUAAGGCUCCAACUACAGUGGAGUGGAGGGACACGCUAAGGCUCCAACUACAGUGGAGUGGAGGGACACGCUAAGGAUCCAACUACAGUGGAGUGGAGGGACACGCUAAGGCUCCAACUACAGUAGAGUUGAGGGAUGGAGGGACACGCUAAGGCUCCAACUACAGAGGAGUGGAGGGACACGCUAAGGCUCCAACUACAGUGGAGUGGAGGGACACGCUAAGGCUCCAACUACAGUGGAGUGGAGGGACACGCUAAGGCUCCAACUACAGUGGAGUGGAGGGACACGCUAAGGCUCCAACUACAGUGGAGUGGAGGGACACGCUAAGGCUCCAACUAUAGUGGAGUGGAGGGACAUGCUAAGGCUCCAACUACAGUGGAGUGGAGGGAUGGAGGGACAUGCUAAGGCUCCAACUACAGUGGAGUGGAGGGAUGGAGGGACACGCUAAGGCUCCAACUACAGUGGAGUGGAGGGACAUGCUAAGGCUCCAACUACAGUGGAGUGGAGGGACAUGCUAAGGCUCCAACUACAGUGCUAAGGCUCCAACUACAGUGGAGUGGAGGGACAUGCUAAGGCUCCAACUACAGUGGAGUGGAGGGAUGGAGGGACAUGCUAAGGCUCCAACUACAGAGGAGUGGAGGGAUGGAGGGACAUGCUAAGGAUCCAACUACAGUGGAGUGGAGGGACACGCUAAGGAUCCAACUACAGUGGAGUGGAGGGAUGGAGGGACAUGCUAAGGCUCCAACUACAGUGGAGUGGAGGGACACGCUAAGGAUCCAACUAGAGUGGAGUGGAGGGAUGGAGGGACAUGCUAAGUCUCCAACUACAGUGGAGUGGAGGGACACGCUAAGGAUCCAACUACAGUGGAGUGGAGGGACACGCUAAGGCUCCAACUACAGUGGAGUGGAGGGAUGGAGGGACAUGCUAAGUCUCCAACUACAGUGGAGUGGAGGGACACGCUAAGGCUCCAACUACAGUGGAGUGGAGGGACACGCUAAGGCUCCUACUACAGUGGAGUGGAGGGACACGCUAAGGCUCCAACUACAGUGGAGUGGAGGGACACGCUAAGGCUCUAACUACAGUGGAGUGGAGGGACACGCUUAGGCUCCAACUACAGUGGAGUGGAGGGAUGGAGGGACAUGCUAAGGCUCCAACUACAGUGGAGUGGAGGGAUGGAGGGACAUGCUAAGGCUCCAACUACAGUGGAGUGGAGGGACACGCUAAGGAUCCAACUAGAGUGGAGUGGAGGGAUGGAGGGACAUGCUAAGUCUCCAACUACAGUGGAGUGGAGGGACACGCUAAGGAUCCAACUACAGUGGAGUGGAGGGACACGCUAAGGCUCCAACUACAGUGGAGUGGAGGGAUGGAGGGACAUGCUAAGUCUCCAACUACAGUGGAGUGGAGGGACACGCUAAGGCUCCAACUACAGUGGAGUGGAGGGACACGCUAAGGCUCCUACUACAGUGGAGUGGAGGGACACGCUAAGGCUCCAACUACAGUGGAGUGGAGGGACACGCUAAGGCUCUAACUACAGUGGAGUGGAGGGACACGCUUAGGCUCCAACUACAGUGGAGUGGAGGGAUGGAGGGACACACUAAGGCUCCAACUACAGUGGAGUGGAGGGAUGGAGGGACACGCUAAGGCUCCAACUACAGUGGAGUGGAGGGACACGCUAAGGCUCCAACUACAGUGGAGUGGAGGGAUGGAGGGACACGCUAAGGCUCCAACUACAGUGGAGUGGAGGGAUGGAGGGACACGCUAAGGCUCCAACUACAGUGGAGUGGAGGGAUGGAGGGACACGCUAAGGAUCCAACUACAGAGGAGUUUCACACAACUUUCUUUCUCUCUGUCUGGCAACACCCAGUGAACUGAGAGAUGUAGGUAGGGGUUGUCCCUUAGGGGAUGCAGUAAUGCUAGGUUUGCAGUCCACUCAGGAUGAGUAGGAUUAGUGUCACCGCCUCAAUGACUUCAUACAGAAAUCACAUAUCAGUGACAUCACGUUCCAAUCCUCAGGCAUAUCCCCCCUGCCUCCCAUUUGCCUUACCCUCUGCACAGAGAUACUGAGAAUAGUGAGUCAUAGGUGUAGUGGUGGCCAUUUUACAGACCACUUUUUGAAACUGUGAACAACUAACACACAAGAAAACAGUGUACUCAAAUAUCACACACUCAUUCCUGCCCAACCAAUCAAUCUUCAGGGAUGACGGGGUUCCGAUCGAUAGACACAUGUACAGGUACAGACACUAGAAGCCAUGUUGUUUUAGUGAAAGGAAAAAGCUAUUAAGUUGUAGAUAUUUUUAAACCCUGUAAGAAAAAUAAACGAAUGAAAAGAGAUGCUUUAAAUUUGGUUCAUUCUGAAUCGUUACAGGUAUAGCAAUAUCGUCCCCAUGCCUAUGAUUUAUUUGUGAAUUAAUAUGAAAUUAUAUUUUAUAACCUUGUCGCCUUUUUUCCGCUAGAAUGCAUUAUGUUUAAGCAUAGCAGUUUAAGGAGGAUAAUAUUGAUGUAGAAUGACUAUGAUGUCAAAAAGAGCUGCUUUCACUGAAGUGUAUGUACAGUAUGGCUGUACAGAAGGAGGGUUUACCAUUUACCAGCUUAGCUCACUGCCAACAGAAAUAAAUAGUUUCAGGUUACAUUGAGGACAACUGUUUUUCAUUGUGUAUUGUACAGCACUAGAGCAGUUUAACUGUUUACUGUGUUACUGUUCUUCUUCUUCAACUGGUUACUGUCAUGGGAAUGGGUUCAUUUCCUGUCAACCUUUACAGUAUGUGCAAUGAAAGGGCUCCUUUAACAAAAACACCACAAGGGAAAUCUAUGCUUUGAAGAAACAUAGCUGUAGCCAAUAAGGCUGUAUGACUAAUAUGCAUUUUCCAAACGCGUAAAGUCAAGUUCAAUAUAAACGCAUGUCAUGUCAGGGAUCUUUGUGAAAUGGCAUCACGAAAUGUAAAUUCCGUAACAAUGGAAUAUAGUGUUUACAACUACUAGGUUUUCCUCAGCAUAACUACCAUCUUUCUCUCGACACCAAACAAUGCUCUCAGUUCAACACAUGAAUGAUGGCAUAGUGAUGGCAUAGUGAUGGCAUAGUGAUGGCCACUUAGUGGGGUUUUAUCUAGAAGGGAUAAUACAGCUUUGGUCCAAAUGUACUUUUCAUAUAGCAGGUUAGGAGAAAUAGGUUAAGGUUAGGAAAAAUGUUAAGGUUAGCUAAAAAUAAUUUAAAAAUAACUUUUGACGUCAAUUUGACAAAAGUUGUAUCCCAUCUAGAAAUGACCACUCAGUGAGUGUUUCGAGAGUGGGGUUCAAGUCCUGACAUAAUGGUAUGCAUGCAUGCCUUCCAGGACUGGUAAUGAUAACUACUGCACCAGAGGUUAUAUCACUGGCUCAAAUUGUCUUUGAGAUGGUGAGACUAUACUUUUCCUGGGGCUAUGUACAGUUGAAGUCGGAAGUUUAUAUACACUUAGGUUGGAGUCAUUAAAACUAAUUUUUCAACCACUCCACAAAUUUCUUGUUAAAAAAACUAUAGUUUUGGCAAGUCGGUUAGAACAUC